AUGGCGAGGACACCACCGCCGUCUUUCCUACGGAUUCCUCCCACCCCACGACAUGGCACUGGAUAUGACCAAUACGAACCGUACUCUACGCGUCAUUCUGCCCGCCUGGCUAGCCAACAAACAUCUGCUGAGUCUCGCACCACCCCUCCAGCUUCAUUCCCGAUCUCUCAAGCACGAGGCGCUUCGAGAAGCGUCAAACACAGAACCGCUGAAUCAGAAACCCUCUCACCUCCUGGAUCACCCAACAGCAGUACUCCCCGGAAGAAGGUGUCGGGCCGGGGCCGUGUUGCAACACAAUCCCUGGACACUCAGGAUCCAUUCAAGGCUACCAAAUCUUCUCACUCCAAUACGUCUUCUCUCUUCAGAUCUACAAUGACAGACGGGAUGCUUCCCACACCAGCAAAAACACCACGAAAAAAACCUGUCGACAAUGUUGACUCUACCGCUAGAGUGCUUUUUCCUCCCCUGUCUGGCCAGAAGAAGAAGAGAAAGCAAACAGGCUUCUCUCUGGAUAGUUUCACCGAAGACCCCUCUCAGGGCGAGUCAAUACAAAUAUACACCGACUCUCGCGAUCGAAUCCCUGAAGUCGAUGAGAGCGAAGCGAAUCCAUUCUACAACAAGCCAUCUGCCAAUACAAGUGCUCGCUCGUGCAGGCGCAAGACGAGAAGCCGUGAUAAGGAAGUCGACGAGGCUCUCAAUCGCGACGAUGGCAUGGUCUAUGUCUUCCGAGGCAAGAAAAUGUUCCGCAAGUUCAGUGAUGAUGUUGGAAGUGAUAUGGAGGACAAUAAUGACGACCUUGGCUUGCUAGCUUCUCGCCCAGACUUGAUGGAUUCGUCGCUCCUGGAGAACACUCGGCCACUAACUCGCUCUUCCAUCAAGCCUCGUGUGCUUUUUGCCAGUGCAAAUGAUCGGUUGACCAAUGAAAAUCAAAUCGACGAUGCGGACGAAGAAGCGACCACCGACAUCGAGGAUCACAUCCUGGAAGAGGCCGGUACGGUAGCAGAUGUCCAACAUUCUGCGAACAUCCACUCGCAACAGCGACCAGUCACCCCGCCCCCUACUUCGGUUGCAACGCCUCCAUCUCCUGGUGGUUCAGCACGCUCCUUACGAUCACGAGCUAAGCGGGAGGGCCUGGAACAUGGGCAAACCCCCACAGCAUCGGAGGCCAAGAAGAAACGCAUCAGUCCUUUCGACGGCUGGCUGCGAAAGAAACAGACUCCUCCCGCCAUCGGCUCCAAGGCUAAGAAGCGGGACGCGGAAACCGCUGGCAGCCCCGGUGGCCCAGCCUCGAAACGGACCCGUGGAAAUAGGACUACUGUCUCUUCGUCGUGA